GAGGAAGCACUCCUCCCCCCACUUCUCCACAAACUGGUGUCUGUGUUUGUGGUAAAGCCAGUGACACGGGGAGGUGCCCUACAAGAGGAGCAGGACCCGGCAAGGUCAGAUUGCGAGGCGGCCAGCCACAUAAAGCGGGGUGUGAAGGGUGCUUCAGCAUCUGCCCCACCAUGACCUCCUGGGCCCUCCUGCUCCUUGCCUCAGUGCUCCUGGCCACCCCGGGGCUGACCUUUUGUGGUCUGACCCCUGAGGACCAUGACCUGGACAUGGCUGACAGGUGUCAGGAUGAGCCGUUCUUCCAGAUGCUGGCCCAGGAGACCCCCCAGCAGAACCUGACUUUAAACCCCUGUGAUACCUGUCGUAUGAUACUUAGUUGGCUGAAGAAUUGCGUGGGACUGCAGCGGAUUCAGAUGACCAUUGAAAAGGCUGCGCAACUGGUGUGCUCUCAAUUUCCUUUGGUGGAAAAUAUCUGCAAAGAAACCAUCAACAAAUAUGUAAAUGACAUCGUCCAGAGUAUCCUGAAUGCUCCACCCCGCCAGGAUAUCUGUGUGACAUUGAGGCUGUGCAAGUGUCAAGUAGGUCUCUGAGCCUCUGGGGUCUCUGACGCCACCCUGGGGAGAAGCACAGAGUCUCCCACAACCACCACCUGCUUCUGCCCUCCCAGAUCCAGAGCCGACCCUCCAGUGUCUCUCAGCUAACUUCUCAUUGCCUUCCCCUGCAAGAGAAUAAAUGCCAUGCAAACUU